GUGUCAUCGAAUUGGUCAAACACGUGAAGUAAAUAUAUAUCGUUUUGUGAGUGAACAUACAAUUGAAGAAAAUAUAUUAUUAAAAGCAAAUCAAAAACGUAUGUUAGAUAAAUUGGUGAUUAUGGAUGGUGAAUUUACAACUGAUUUCUUCCAAAAAGUAGAUUGGCGUGCACUUGUGAGUGAUAUAGCACCAAAUUGUAGUAAUGAAAUAAAAGAUGAGCCAAAGGAUGGAGUUGAAUUAGAGCAUUAUUUGGAUAAGGUGGAAGAUGAUACUGAUGUUAAUGCUGCAAAAAUUUCAAGAAAUGAAUUUGAAAUUGAUAUUCCAGAUUUUUCAGAAGAUUAUGUAGCAACAGAAUUAUCUUCACCAAUUAAAAUUAAUGGAAUCAAUGAUGAUAAUCCUGAUCAUAUAGACAAUUAUAUGCUUCUUUUUAUUGAAAGGGAAUUAGCAUAA